AUGACCAGGCGACUAACAGGUGGAAAGCGUCUUUUUCCAGUUGACGGUGCGUCUGACGGUGCUGGACCCAGUCGAGCACCCGCACCGGACAAUCCCAUACCGUCCAUCGAAGAUGAUGUAUACACCGUUACGGAGACGACCGCAAGUCGCUCUCCCACCCCAUCCAUCUCCGUCAGCGACCCCAGCGAGGCGGAGCCCGGGGGCCCGGAGCCAGCUUCUCCCCGUGGUGCCGCAGAGCGUGAUGCGGGAUCUGAGACUGAGAGUCUCCCGGACCGCCUUCAAUGGCUCCGCCUCCGUAACUCCACGAGCUCUUCUGCUUCCACCGGGCUCGGAUUAGGCAGUCUGCGGGCCGCGCUUCCCAGCGCCGAACCUGGGCGCCGAAGCCAGACCCCCAACCUUCUUCUACCUGAUGCCUCUCCAGCUGCAUCCCCGGGUGGGCGGCGCAGACGUUCAUCUUCAAUGGGUCAGCGACGGUACGACGUGAGGGACGAGGCCCCUCCACAAGACCGGUUCCACGAGCCCGCAUUCCAGCAGGGCCUCGCCGAGGCACAGACUCUCAUGUCCCGGCUGGCUGGAGUGCUCGGAAGCAGUACCUUGCAUCUUGAGCCGGAUUCCAGUAUGAAGGGUCUCCAAGAGAGGGCCGACGAGCUGGCCAACUUCCGGUGUCCCCCCACCAGGACCGUGGGUCUUGUUGGCGAUUCCGGUGUUGGUAAAAGCAGUCUGCUUAACUCGCUCCUGGAUUAUCGCAAUUUGGCCCGAACCAGCAACGGCGGAGCGGCAUGCACCUGUGUUGUCACCGAAUACUACCACCACGACCGUGGAGACUUCGUAGUUGAUGUUGACCUGUUCAGCGAAGAAGAACUGGAGCAGCAGCUUCGCGACCUGGUACAUGCCUACCGCCACAAUCACUUCCACUCCGCGGAAAUGGAUUUGCCGGACGAUAGGAGACACUGGGCAAAACGGGCCAAGUUGGCUAAGGACACAUUCAGGGCCAUGUUCGCGGAUCGCUUUAGGACUGCCCUGCUUCGUUCAGAGAACUCGGAGGACACUAUCGUCCAAACGUACCUGAACUGGGCCAUGGAUCUGCGUCCUAUUAACGAAUUCGACGGUCGUACCGUCACGGAUUCGUUGGAAGACUGCUCGAGUUUGUUGAUACGGCUGACUUCGGAUCUCGAUGGCGCUGAAGGCCCAGGGUGCUGGCCUUACAUCAAGAAGAUCAGAGUAUAUCUGGAUGCGCAUAUUCUGAGCAAAGGUCUCGUGCUGGUGGAUCUUCCAGGCCUCCGCGACCUUAAUUCUGCGAGGCGGAACAUCACAGAGCGCUAUCUCCACCAGUGCGAUGAGAUCUUCGUGGUCUGUCCCAUCGGACGGGCCACCACCGAUGAAGGUGUCCAGCAUCUUAUUGAACUGGCUCGUCAAGCAAAAUGGUCCAACGUUGGCAUCAUUUGCACCAAAUCCGAUGAUAUUCGAGCCGAUGAAGCCCAGACAGACUGGGCCGGCGCGCAGGCGACGGAAGUGCAGAGAUUACGUGGUUCUGUAGCUGAGGCAGAUCAACAGCUUGCUGCCCUUACUGAGCUGCUAGUCGACCCGGAUGGUCUCGAAGAUAUGACAGUCGAGGAAGAAUUAGAACAAGCUCAGCUCCUUGUGCAAUGCGAGCGGGCAAGAGGCGAGAUUGAAAGCCGCAGAUUCGAGCUCCAACGAUACCUAAUCACCACGCGCAACGACAAAGUGGAAGCACGGCUCCUUGCUAAAUACCGAGGCAAAAUACCGGGAGGCAACCUGCACGUGUUCUGCGCCAGCAACACCCUCUACUGGGAGAAGCGUGACUCGAGGCCGCUUGGGGUGACCAUCCAGUUCCUCGAGCUGAGCGGUAUUAUUCCCAUACGAAGGCACUGCAUGGGACUAGUCUCGCAGAACCAGCUCCGGAUCGCCACCAAGUAUCUCCGAGACGACAUUCCCAACCUGCUCAGCAAAGUUGAGCUCUGGGUUCAGACGGGUGCGGGAACGGCAGAUGCGGAGAAGAAACGCGCGGUUCGGGAAGCUCUGGACCAGCUCGAGGGUCAACUCCGGAGGAGUCUCGACGGGGUUACAUCUCCGCUCAAUAACCUGGGUCGCAAACUUACCGAUGCGUUCCAGGAGACACUGUACCGGCGGAGAAAAAUUAGUCGAUGGACUGAAGGAGCUAUCCAAGCCGGGCAAGUCUGGUCAGGCGUACCAACAUACGCUGCAUUCUGCAGAAACUACGGGACGUACAACACAUCGGCCGCGGGAUAUCACUGCUGGAACGAAGAAGCGAUGAGGUCAAUGAACGACGAUCUUGCCGACCCAUGGGAACGUCUCGAAACCGAAAUCCAGCGCCAACUGGACGCCGGUCAGACGUUUGUCUCCGAGACUCUAGACGGGGCUGUUGCCUUCCACCUUGGCAAUGCGCUCGACUCAUUUCUAGAUACGGUCGGCCCCCUUCGGACUGCGUUACAGUCCGGCAAUCGGCUUCAUGUCAGGGCCAUCGAAGACCUCUGCGAAACUUUCGAAACAGAUCUCAGCAAACUCCGAACCGAUGCUCUCUCCGGCUUACGCACAUCAUACUUUGGGCAGAGCAUGGAAACCACCUACUGGAACGCAAUCUGCGAGGCAGGGAAGGGAAGCUGGGACCGCAAAAAGGCUAUCAUCAACGGGGCUCUCCGCCGCGAGGCGCUCUUUAGAGAACUGAUGCAGAAACUCAAGCGCAAGUUUGAAGACCUGGCCACUCAGCUCGAGACGGACGCGCGGGCGGCAGUGGGAGAAUACCUUGACGGCGUCAAGAACUCGUUGGAUAUGGUCAGGAGCGAGAAUGUGGCGCUCGAGAGCGAGAGGGACCCGGAAUUUAGGACUCGCGUGGCGAAGGAGCUGGAGCGUGUCAAGCGACGGAUGGAGCAUCACGAGUUCUAG